AUGAAGAUGGCUGUGGGAGCCGUGAAGAUGCAGCCCCCGCCGGCAGAGAGCCCGGAGCCGGCGGACCCCGGGGCGUCGGGGGCCGCCGGGGCCCCGGGGGGGAGGCGGCAGCGGCGACGAGGGGGGAGCCCGGGCGCCCCGGAGCAGCCCCAGCCCCCGGAGCAGCAGCUGCGGCACCGGCUGCGGGACCUGCCUGCUCUGCUGCGCAGCGGGCUCACCCUGCGCAGGAAGAGGAGCGCCGGCGGCGGCAGGGCUCUGGCAAGAAGAAUUUCAAAUCCAUACCUAGAACAUACUGCUUCCCAGAUUUAUGGAGAGAAUUCUUCCUGCGCCGGGAGAGCCCUGAGGAAUAUCUUUACGGUGCAAGCAUCUGACCUGAUAAAAGACAGAGUGAACCUUAAGGGUGUUUACAGGAGGAGCUGUGUGGGUUCCGAGCUCGUGGACUGGCUUUUGGAGAACUGUCCUUUCGUUCAGUGUCGCUCCAUGGCUGUUGGUGUGUGGCAGCUACUUCUGGACAUGGGCAUCAUUCUCUCAGUGGACCAGCAUCUGUAUUUCCAGGACACCUACGUUUUCUACCAGUUUUCCUCAGAUGAAUGCAGCUACCUGUACUGUGAAUACGAAAGGGCCGAGGAAUGGCAGAAUGGGGUGCGCCUCCUGCUACAGCUGGUGCCGCUCAGCCCAUCAAGGGGGGACGACUGUGACCUGCCCCAUCAGAAAAUUGAAGACACAGGAGAAACCAGUGAUGAGCUCCUUGUCCGUCUCACAUCUGCGGUUCAGAGGGAACUAGCUGCCGUCAUUGCUUUCAAAGCCAGGAAGGCAGCUCUCGAUCGAGAGGAAGAGAGUGAGGACGCACAGACGACCGUGUCUGAGGAUGACGGCCUCUCCGACUCCCAGGCAGGAGUGAUGUGCAAGCUUCAGGAGAGGGAUGACAUCGGGCGAAUCGAACUCGUCCAGAAACUCGCCAGAGAAAACUGCCAGUUUCUACAGACAGACAGAAAAGAGCCCGAGAAGCCUGAGCAACGAGAUGACGAAGUGACAACCUUACAAGUUAAAGAGGAAGACGGGACUGUCCUGGUAUUCAAGAAGGUGUCGUCAUGGGGGCCGGCCCCCACCCCAGGGAGCGCCCACGCUGAUUGGAGAUACGUGGUGGUGUCGGGGACGCCCGAGAAGAUUUUGGAGCACCUCCUGAAUGACUUGCACCUGGAAGAAGUCCAGGACAAAGAAACAGAGACCCUUCUGGACGACUUCCUGCUCACAUACACCGUCUUCAUGAGCACCGAUGAUUUGUGCCAGGCGCUGCUGCGGCACUAUUCUGCUAAGAAAUAUCAAGGCAAGGAAGAAAACUCGGACGUGCCUCGUCGAAAGCGGAAGGUCUUGCAUCUCGUGUCCCAGUGGAUCGGGCUGUACAAGGACUGGCUGUCUGAAGACGAGCCCUCUAAGAUGUUCCUGAAGACCAUAUACAGGAAUGUCCUGGAUGACAUCUAUGAAUAUCCAGUACUUGAGAAGGAGCUGAAAGAGUUACAGAGGAUCCUUGGGAUGCACCGACGUCACACUGUGGAUGAAUACUCUCCGCACAGAAAGAAUAAAGCCCUUUUCCACCAAUUUAGUCUUAAGGAGAAUUGGCUCCAGCACCGAGGAACUGUGGGUGAAACAGAGGAAAUCUUCUGCCAUGUGUACAUAACGGAGCACUCCUAUAUCAGCGUCAAGGCCGGGGUUUCCAGCACGGCUCAGGAGAUCCUCAAGAUUGUGGCCGGAAAGCUCCAGCACGCUCCGGAUGACCUGGCCCUGGUGGCUGUCACCUUCUCAGGGGAAAAGCAUGAACUUCAACCAAAUGACUUAGCCAUCUCAAAAUCACUUGAGCUAUCAGGCCGGAUCUACGUCUACCGGAAGGAUCUGUCAGAGACUUUGAGCCCACUGGUCGAGAGCGAGGAAUCCCAGCAAAGGUCGCUGAGGAUCUUGGGAAUGAAUACAUGGGACCUGGCCAUGGAAUUAAUGAACUUUGAUUGGAGCCUGUUCAACUCGAUUCAUGAACAAGAGCUGAUUUACUUCACGUUCAGCCGACAAGGCAGCAGCGAGAACACAGUGAACCUCAGUCUCCUGCUCCAGAGAUGCAACGAAGUCCAGCUGUGGGUGGCCACGGAGAUCCUGCUCUGCAGCCAGCUCUGUAAGCGAGUUCAGCUGGUGAAAAAAUUCAUCAAAAUUGCUGCUCACUGCAAAGCCCAAAGAAACCUGAAUUCUUUCUUUGCCAUUGUAAUGGGUCUCAACACUGCAUCAGUCAGCCGGCUGUCUCAGACCUGGGAGAAAAUCCCUGGGAAGUUUAAGAAGCUUUUCUCUGAGUUGGAGAGUUUAACAGACCCUUCCCUGAAUCACAAAGCCUACAGGGAUGCAUUCAAAAAGAUGAAGCCUCCCAAAAUCCCCUUCAUGCCUCUCCUGCUCAAAGAUGUGACAUUCAUCCAUGAAGGAAAUAAAACUUUCUUGGAUAACCUUGUCAAUUUUGAAAAGCUGCACAUGAUUGCAGAUACCGUCCGAUCCCUGAGACACUGCCGGAAUAACCAGUUUGGAGGUGAAGUGUCUCCAAAAGAACACCAGGAGCUCAGAUCCUACGUGCACCACCUGCAUGUCAUUGACAACCAGCAGGUGCUGUUUGAACUUUCCCACCGGAUUGAGCCAAGGGCGUGAGCGCAUACUCACGCUGUGGCAGCCUGGCGGGCGGACCCUGGGGACAGCAGCACUUUGGAUUAAGGGAAUGUCGAUGCUGAGCAUGUGGCUUUCCUCCUGAAAAUGGAUUUGCUGAGUUUUAUCAGUCACUCCCUAGACGCCUGUGGGAAGGUCAGACAGCUUGAGAAGGAGCUGGUGCCAGCCUUCAGAGAGGAGAGAGGCACCGGGGCUCUUCCUGGCGAGCUGGAGCUGGGGUGGAAGAGGAAACAGCACCUGGAAUUGGAGCCGGAGUUCCUUAUGACAGUAUCACUGGUCCAAUAGCUUUUCACUUUCAUUUGUGUGCCAGUGUUAAAAUAAUCUUAUGCCAUGCCAUGUCAUUUCCUGUUAGGACAAAACAUUUCAACCAGAAAGCACAGAAUGUGAGGAGGGAUGGAAAUUUCCCAGACACCUUGGAAUGCACUUCUCAGUGGGUCCCACCACAUUACUUGAGAGGCAGCCUGGUGUCAUAGCUAGAGGUCUGGCCUCAGAAUCAGGAAGACCUGUGUUCGAGUACCAUCACUGACACAUCCUAGCUGUGUGACCCUGGGCAAAUCCCUUCCCCUCACAAGGCCCCUGGUUAAGACUAGAAUUUACAGAGCAGAUGGGAAUCUGUGUUGGUGCCUGAAGUUCCUACACUGGUCCAGUCCAGCAAAAUUGCUUUUUUUCCAAGAUCUUGAAAAAAAAAAAGUCACAUCAUUUGCCCCCUUUCUGACUCAGCGGUGGUUUCUCCAUGGGAA